AUUGAGAUGUGAAGAGAGAGAAAAAAAAAGUCAGAAGGUGAAAAUUACAGAAACGUCCUUCCUCUCUUUCCCUCCUACACGUUUGCAGUCCGUAGAGAAGGACCAGGAAAUCGGGUGACGUGUACAACUGCCGCCCAUUCGGCGCUUGCUUGACCUCCGGGCUUCCGUUGAAGAACAUUUCUGGCUCAAGCAAGAGAGAGAGAGAGAGAAAGAAGAGAGAGAAACAGAAGAGAGAGACGCAAAAGUCUCUGUUUCACUUUACGCUCCUCCCCUCCACCUCGCUCUCCUUUCUUCUCCUUCCACGGAAGAGAAAAUUCUUUCCCUCUCUCUUUUUCAAAUUCGAGCUAUGUUUUCGUAACCAUCGCUCUUCUGAUUUGCUGAUUGAUAUGGUGCUCUGAUUUGCGGAUACGAAGAUGGCUAACCGAAACGCCGAGCCUUCUCAGGGAGAAUGCGGCGCUCCUCCGCCUCCGCCGCCGCCUCCUCCACACGAUCCUUCAUCUGGUGCUCGUGUUGGCAACACGGUUUUCAAGAGUGGACCACUUUUCUUAUCAUCUAAAGGGAUUGGAUGGACGUCCUGGAAAAAGCGAUGGUUCAUUCUAACACGUACUUCACUGGUUUUCUUUCGAAGUGAUCCAAAUGCUGUUCCUCAAAAAGGAGGUGAGGUGAACUUGACUCUUGGUGGCAUUGAUCUCAACAAUUCAGGCAGUGUUGUUGUGAAAAGUGAAAAAAAACUCUUGACUGUGCUCUUUCCUGAUGGUCGAGAAGGACGGGCAUUCACACUCAAGGCUGAAACAUUGGAGGAUCUCUAUGAGUGGAAGGCUGCACUGGAAAAUGCUUUGGCACAGGCACCUAGUACUGGCCAUGCUAAUGGUAUCUUGAAGAAUGAUAAGAUUGAGCCAAAUAAUGGGUCUUCAGAGCCGUCGAAGGAUAGCCAACCACAGCUUGUAAGACCAAGGGUCCUUGGCAGGCCAAUUUUGCUUGCUUUGGAAGAUGUUGAUGGAACUCCCUCUUUUCUGGAGAAAGCCCUUAGGUUUAUAGAGGACCAUGGAGUCAAAGUAGAAGGCAUUUUGCGACAAGCUGCAGACGUUGAUGAUGUUGAACGUCGUUUGCGGGAGUAUGAGCAGGGAAAAUGUGAGUUUUCUCCAGAAGAAGAUGCACAUGUCGUUGCUGACUGCGUGAAGUAUGUCAUCCGGGAGUUACCAUCAUCUCCAGUUCCAGCAUCUUGCUGUAACGCAUUACUAGAAGCAUGCAAAACUGAUCGAGGUAUCAGAGUAAAUGCUAUGCGAUCUGCAAUAUAUGAAACCUUUCCAGAACCAAAUCGCCGUUUACUGCAGAGAAUUCUCAUGAUGAUGCAAACUGUAGCUUCUCAUAAAGCUGUGAAUCGAAUGAGCUCUUCAGCUGUGGCAGCUUGCAUGGCUCCCUUACUCCUUCGUCCUCUUUUAGCUGGUGAUUGUGAGAUUGAAACUGAUUUUGAUGUGGGGGGUGAUGGUUCUAUUCAACUUCUGCGUGCAGCUGCAGCAGCAAACCAUGCUCAAGCCAUAGUUAUUACUUUACUGGAGGAGUAUGGCAAAAUUUUUGGGGAAGGUUCUAUGUCCCCUAUAUUGUACUCUGACGAAGAGAGUGGAAGUGAGAGUGAGGAAGCAACUGAUGAUGAUUUGUCUUAUGAUGAUGAAGAACAAGAUGAUGCCACUGGUUCUGAUGCAGAAACAGACGAGGAGAUUGAAUCAAAUGGAACCUGUAGUGGAAGUGUUAAAUCUGAAAAGCAUGAUUUAUAUGACAAUAAGGGCAUUGAAGUAUCAAGUAUUAUUUCGAAGAAUUCUGAUGAGUGUGAUCUAAAUAGAACAAAACCAAGCUUUUCAUCAAGUUCCUCAAAAACUUCUUUGCCUAGACAUGGAGAAGUUCGAAGCAAGCAGCGCAACCAGGACCAAGUUGAUCCAGGUAGAGGUGGUUCACCAAUCCAGGAUGACAAGUCUUGUGAAGUUGAAUUUCCAUCUGAAGAGGCAAAUAGCUUUGAAGGUUCUCCAACUACAUCUAAUAGAAGUUCCCACAUGUCAAGGCGUCUCACUGUUUGGGGACGCACGCCUGCAAAGAAGAACCUCUCCAUGGAAUCCAUUGAUUAUGCACCCGAUGAAGAGGUUGAAAUCCAGAAACUUGAGGCUACUAAAUGUGAACUGCAAAAUAAAAUCUCGGAGGAGGUUAAAGAAAAUGCGAUUCUGCAAUCCAGUCUGGAAAACCGAAAGAAGGCCUUGCAGGAGCGUCGUCUAGCUCUUGAGCAAGAAGUGGAAAGACUAAAAGAACAGUUGCAAAGGGAGAGAGAUCUGAGGCUGGUUCUUGAAACAGGACUUAAAAUUUCUCAAGGCCCGUUACCCAAUUUAGCAAAUAUUAGUGAAAAGACAAAGGCAGAUCUUGAAGAACUAGAUCAAGCAGAGAAAGACAUUGCCAACCUAAACAACAUGGUGGAUGAUUUUGAAGGACAGCUUGGUAGGCUACGUGAACAGAAAAAUAAUUUGUCAUCUGAUUCACGUAACGUCUCCCAACAAGGACAGAAUCAUCAAGCAAAAUUGAAGGAUAAGAAGAAGGAUGCUGGAGCUUUAGCCCCUUCGCAUAAGCAGGAUAUUCAAUCGGGUCAGGCAGAAAGUGAAAAUGAAAAGAAGACGGAACCAUCAUCUUCCAUUGUUAAACAUUCCCCUCCAUACCAUAAUCUUGAUCCUCGUAAUGCCAAUGUUAGAUCACCGACCAAUUUAUCUGCUUCUGAGACAGUACCAAGGCUAGCGACUAUAGUCAAUGCUAAGAGAAUUGCUGCGAGGGUUGAGGGUUCAAAUCAUACUAAUUCAGCAUUGACAAAGCUUACGACUAGACUCAACUUUUUGAAGGAGCGUCGCAGCCAGAUAGCAAAUGAACUCCAGAAUAUGGACCGAGGCCGAGCCUCAGGCCAACCGUUUGAGAAUUCCGAAAAGGGCAGGGGACUUGAAUCUCAGCGCUUGAGCCCAAAUUUGAAUGAUAUUCAAGGGUCUGACAUGCAAUCUAUGCGAAGUCCAGAAACUAGCAAGAUGGCCAACAAUCUCCAAUCCAUUCAGGACUCCGAUAAGAGAGCGGGAACUGAUGGCAGCCAUGCCUGAAAAUCGGAUGCUGAUAAAGGAACAAGAUCAGGAGGCCAAAGCCAGAGCAGUUUGGAUAGAGGAAGAUCAGAAAGGCAAUCUGCCCCUUGAUACAGAUUAAGGUCCUGGAAAUGAUAGCAGCAGCAGACCUUUGGCAACGCCAAGGUUGAAUACCAGAUGAUACUGAGUGAGUUUUGAAGACCUCUUCUGAUUUAUCAGUUUAUUCUGGCCUUGUGAAGUGGUUGAAAUUUGAAUUUGACUCUGAGGUCUCAAACUGUGAAGUGAAGAACCUUCACACUGGAAAAAAAAAAUAAAAACAAAAAAAGAAGCCAAGAUGUACAGAUGGAACCAGUUUCUUGGUCAAAGCUGAUGAUUUUCUUUUUUUUAUUUCCCUUGUUGGUUUCUAUUUCUUCUUCUGGGUCAGUGAAUAGUUCAAAUAUUGUAUAGGAAGGAUCAU